AUGAAUAGAACAAUCAGACAAUUCCUCGACAGUACGAAGUCUCUCACGGACUUUGUAUCUUUGGUUGACCACGCCAUUAACAAGCUGCACCACAAAGAUUUGCAGGAUGACUUCUCCCCCCGACACAAUAUUCCUUCUUUGCGACAUGCAGAUAUUUUAAACCCAUACUAUCAACAUGUUGCCUCUUUGUUCACGAGAAGAAUUUAUACAAAAAAGGUUUCUCACGAAAUAAAGCUCAUACAUGCAUACACUGUUAGGCAAGUUGAUGAGAUCGAUGGGUAUAUAAAUUUCUCAAUCAUCAAGUUCCCAAACGGAGACUCCGAGCACAAUGUUAUACGUCGCAUCUCUGACAGUCAUCUAACGUGCAAUUGCUUACUCUUCGAGACUGAUGGAUAUCCGUGCAGACACAUAUUUUCAGUUCUGAAGUUUCUAAACAUAACCAGAAUUCCAGAUUCGCUUGUUUUGGCAAGGUGGGCUGUUCAUGCAAAGGCCCAAUUCCAAACCAGAUAUCAAAGUAAUAACGAGGUCCCACAGGAGAUAUUGGAACUAACUAGGUUCGGAACCCUCAGUUCCGACUUCAACCAAGUAGCAUACUAUGCAACGAAAGUGGAGGAUUUCUACCAACAAACAAGAACAGAACUUGCAAAUUUAUGUUUAAAAUUUAAGAGCUUGAUGGAAAGGGAGCCACCUCUUGUGCAAGAAGAGUCUAUUGAUGAAAUCAAUCCGUUUGAAGUACUAAAAGAUCCUAUUGUUGUUCGAAACAAGGGAACGGCAAGGCGGCCGCAAGUGGGGCCUAGUGCUCAGGAGAAUUGGGUUUGGAAAGAUUAA